GAAAACCCAACUAACUCCACUUUCAACUUCAACUCUCACUCUAAGAUUCUCUUAAGUAGCAGACAUGCGGUGGCCGGCGCAGCCGGCGAAGAACGUCGGCUUGGGCGUCGCCGCCAUGUCAUACGUGGCCAUCGACUACCUUCGCCACCUGUCCCCGGCGUGGCACUCGCGGCUGCAACCGGUGCUCUGGUCCCUCCUCGCCCUCACGGCCGUGGCUCGCGUCCCCUCCUACCGGCACUGGUCUGCGGAGUUCCGCGCGGUGGUUCCCUUCGUCGCCUCCAUGCUCUUCAUGCUUGCCGCUCUCCUCUUCGAAGCCCUCUCCGUUCGCUUCGUCACCGCGGUGCUCGGCCUUGACUGGCACCGUAAUACACCUCCUCUUCCAGACACUGGUCAAUGGUUGCUCCUGGCAUUAAAUGAGAAACUUCCUAGUGCAAUUGUUGAGAUAUUAAGAGCUCGUAUUAUUGGAUUGCACCAUUUCUUGAUGUUGUUUAUGAUGCUGGCAUUCUCUGUGCUAUUUGAUUCCGUAAGAGCUCCAGGCCUCGGACUAGGUGCCAGAUACAUGUUUACCAUGGCAAUUGGCCGCCUUCUUCGUGCCAUUACUUUUGCAUCUACAAUUCUGCCAUCAGCCCGUCCUUGGUGUGCCAAUUCUCGGUUCAGAGUUCCAGCAUAUCCUCAUCAUUGGGCUCAGAAAUAUUAUGUUCCCUAUGCUUCAGAUCAUAAUACUAUCAGCCAGUUGAUAAAUCUAGAUAAUGCUUAUGUUGACAUUGGAAAACCGGUUGGUGACUACCAGCCAUCUUGGGGUUCGAUGAGCUUUCUAACUGAUUUUCUGCGACCCACUGCCUCCGAAGGACCUUCAUGGUACAGUCUGUUAAAGAAAGCUGGAGGUGGCUGUAAUGACCUCCUAUACAGUGGCCACAUGCUUGUUGCUGUACUCACGGCUAUGGCUUGGACAGAAGCCUAUGGAGGUUUCAGUUCCGCUCUUGUAUGGCUUCUUGUAAUUCACAGUGCCCAAAGAGAAAUACGAGAACGCCAUCAUUACUCUGUAGACUGCAUUGUAGCCAUCUAUGUGGGAAUCCUCCUCUGGAAGAUGACGGGUUUUAUCUGGUCACAAGUUACAUCUAGAGAUAAUAGGAGGCUAACUAAGCUUGAGAAGAUUCAAAGUAGACUAAACCAAGCUGCAAAGGACUCAGACAUUGAUGAAGUGAGGGAGCUUCUCAAAGAGAUUGAGUUAAGCAGUGAAGAGAGCAAGAAUCCGACUACAAUUAAAUAUGCACGGUUGUUUCGUUGUGCCACUAUUGUCUUUGCACUCACCAUCGUUGUUCUGGCUUUCAUAUUGACAAGUGAUGGAUGAUCUUCAUGUGACCUGAAUUUUUUACAAUGCCACACGUGGUUUUAAACUGUUUGUUUGUAUUUUUCACGUAUUCUGGUGCUAUCAGGAGUAGUUUUGGAGUCUUCUAAAUACAAUUAAUGUACAUCACGAAUUGAGGCUAACUGUGAAUCUUUUGUAUGAAUUUUAUGAUAAAAAAGAAAUCACGGAUGAAA